UUAGAAGAUAAGAUGUCUGGUCUGACAGCUGUUCUCCUUAUGGGCUUCCUGCUGCACAGUGUCCACUGUGAGGACUUUAGUGUCUCUCUGCCACAACAACUGGAGGCUGUGCGUGGAUCCUGUUUGACAAUACCCUGCUCCUUUACAGUAAAGGAUAAUUUUAAUGAACACCUGCACAGUGGAUGUAGAGCAGAAUGGAGAGAUGCCAACAAUGACCAGACAGUAAAAUUCACAAGACCAACAACAGGAGACUUAACCCAGAAGAACUGCACCACAACAGUGUAUGACAUCACUGAGCAGCAGGGACGAGGAGUUCGGUUCAGACUGGACUGUGACAAUCCUCUGAGAUGGACAUUUAAAGAUAAAACACUGAACAUUGAAGUGAAUGAAGUCCCACCAACACCUAAACUGACUCCGCCCGCUGUGAGUGUGAGUGAGGGGCAGUCAGUGAGUGUGCAGUGCUCUGCUCCUGUCCCGUGUCUGUCUCUCCCUCCCACUCUGACAUGGAGCCCUGUCCUGGGGCACAUUCAGGAGACUCUGCAGGAGCAACCGGACAAGACCUAUGUCAAAGUGUCCACUCUCAACUUCACUGCUUCUCACCUGCAUGAUAAGAAAAACAUAACAUGCUCUGCAGUGUACAGCAAAGAAGACAGCUCUCUGUCUCCUACGAGUGUGCAGAUUAUGUCUUUUGUUACGUAUCAACCAAGAAACACCAGCAUAAGUCCCACUGGUCCAGUGACAGAACACAGUAAUAUGUCACUGAGCUGCAGCAGUGAUGCCAACCCAGCUGUACAGCACUACCACUGGUAUAAAGCUGAUGGAGGAACUCACACUCUGAUGGGAAACUCAUCUGUUUUAAACAUGAAAGCCUCCAGAGAUACUACUGCUAUUUUUUGUGAAGCUCAGAAUGAACUUGGGACUGAUAACUCCACCAUCACUUUUUUAACCAUCCAGUAUCCACCUAGAAAUACAACAGUGACACUUACCCCUGCUGGUCCAGUGACAGAACACAGUAAUAUCACAUUAAACUGCAGCAGUGAUGCCAACCCAAGUGUCUUUCACUGGUAUAAAGCUGAUGGAGGAACUCACACUCUGAUCGGAAACUCAUCUGUAUUAAACACAAAAGCCUCCAGAGAUACUACUGCUAUUUUCUGUGAGGUUCAGAAUCAUCUGGGAACUGAUCGUUCUGUUGUUAAACAGCUGGACGUACAAUUCCCUCCACAGAUCAUGAGCUCUUCAAACUGCUCUGGAGACUCAGCCCAGAUGAGCUGUGUGUGUGAGACUGAGGGGAAUCCCUUUCCCCUGAUACAGUGGAGCUUUCCAGGAGUCUCUCCAAACAUCUCCAUCAGCAGUGAGCCUCUGAGUGACAAAGCUCUAAAAAGUGUCAUCACUGUUAUUAAACCUCAGUGGAGAGAUCCAGUCACUUUGGUCUGUCACAGCAGAAACUCUCUGGGAUCUGACACACAGAGUUUUGAACUUGAGCAUAAUUCUCCUGAGAAGCUGAAUGGACAAGAAGAUAUGAUGACUUCAUUGUUAAUCACGUCAGUUGUCAUUCUGAUGGUGGUGGUGUUGGCACUUCUCUGUGUGAUCAGAACCCUGACUGUCCGGCAUAAUAAACAUCAAUCUUGUCCAAAGACCGCAGAGCAGUUACCAGAAAAUCCAGAGAACCAAGACAGCGGGCUUUACUCCUCUGUGAACAGGAUGAAAAAAAGGAUCAACAGGGGGGAACAAGAGGCCAAAGAUGAUGCAGAGUCCACUGGCAGCUCCUACCUGGAGGAGCAAAGGAGCAUUGUGGGAGAAAACAGACAAAUCAUUAUCGGCAAGGAAGCAGAAUGUGAAUAUGCUCAAGUUAAGUUUAAGCCCAAACCAAAACCUAACCAAUAG